ACAGCUCAAUGUGAAUUCUUCCAUUCACCACUCACUGCUUCACAGCACAUUUUCCCUCAAGCAACAUUUUAAUGGCUCGAACUGUGCCCAUUAUUGGAUUCCUGCUGCUGCUGCUGACCUGUGGCUUGUCAAAUGCACAGGGCUGGGGGAGUUGGUUUUGGGGGAGUUCAGAAGAAACAACCCUCCCUUCCACAGAGGCUGUCAGUAGCCAAGAAGAGCAGACGGCACAGCAGCUUGCUACAUUUGAGGCUACCACGCAGAGCGUCCCCCUUGAAAGCACCACCCAGCAGAAGGGGAAAGUGUGGAAUAUAUUCACCCUUAAGCGGCCAGACCUUCCUGAGGACAUCACCAUCCCUUCAGCUGCAUCACCUUCUGAGCCAGGAGGCACUGAGGCAAAUAUUGCAGGGGUGGGGGCUGAGAUCCUGAAUGUAGCUGAAGGAAUCAGGAAUUUGGUUCAGCUGUGGGAUGAAAAGACAACCAAAGGGAUGGAGAGGACCGAGGCACCUACAACCGCUGGCUCUUGGGAAGCAUCAUCUCUCCCUGUUACAGACUCAGCGAGCCCCCAGAACACGACUGCCAACAUGACAGAUGAUGUGCAGACCUCACUGCAAACUGGGCAGCCAGAGGUUGCCCUCUCGGUUACUACAAAGUCUCCUUUUCUGUGGAACAAGACUCAAGUCCUCUUAAAGAAGCCUGAGACUCCACUUCCAGGUAGUGCUUCUUUCUCAUUUUCACCAGAUGAUCAUUCCAGCGGCGACAGGUUGGCCUUUCAAGAAUCUGCAGAUGUGGGGCAAGAAGGUGCUGCCACCCCAGAAGCGAGGGCAGACCGGGGAGCUUUCCCAGCAAAACAAGGAAUUGUUUCCAACACAAAUGUUCUGGAAUUGCAGGAUCCUCAGGCUAAUAGCAGCAUGCAUGUUGGAAUUUCCUCCAAGGUGGUGGGUGCUUUAGACAACUGGCUAUCCCAUUUGGUUACAGAUUCAAACCAAUCAGUCUCUUAUGACAAUAGAGCCCAUCUCAGCCUUAAAAGCCACCCCUCCUUUAAUCACUCUGGGAUAGUGGUAGCUGAUGCCAAUAAGAACCACUCUGGUGAUUCUGUUCCUAAUUCAAAUGCCACUAAUUUUAUGGAAUUCCCCCCCGCCAAUAACUCUGAAUCUCUUGAGUUUCUACUAACCUACACUAUGCAACAUUUUAGCAAUAGUAGUACAGGGCUUCCUUCCUUCUUUCCUGGAUUGACUCCAGCAGCUGGCCACUGCUUGCCAUUGCCAACCAAGCUGUCAUAUUGCAACAACCUGGGCAUGAAGCAUUUCCGAGUGCCGAAUUAUUUGCAUCAUGGCAGUGAGGAGGAAAUCUGGGCUGCUUUGCAUGAGUGGGAGGGGCUUCUUAAAUCUCGGUGUCACCGCUACUUGGAGUGGUUUUUCUGCUUGCUACUGGUACCCGGGUGUAACACUUCUUUUCCAAUAACACCUCCACCAUGCCGGGGAUUUUGUGAGGCCGUGAAAGAUCUAUGUUGGAUUCAUUUGAAAGAGGGGCAUCUUCCAAUCUCAUGUGACUCUCUCCCGGCGGAGGAUGGUGUAUAUUCAUGUGUGUUUAUUAAUGUUUCAGCAGAAAAUUUCAGCACAGAAGUUGGUCUCUUAGAGUUGAUUGGGGAUCCCCCACCGGACCAGAUAACCAAAGUAUAUGGCCCAGACAGAAGCCCUGGCUAUGUGUUUGGACUGGAUGCCAACACUGGGCAAGUGGCCCGCUACCACCUCCCUAGCCCUUUUUACAGAGACUUCUCACUCCUAUUCUAUGUGCAGCCUACAUCAGACAAGGCAGGGGUGCUUUUUGCCAUUACGGAUGCCUCCCAGUCAAUCAUCUACGUUGGUGUGAAGCUUUCAGAGGUGAAAGAUGGGAAGCAACAAAUCAUCUUUUACUACACAGAGCCUGGCUCUCAGAAUUCCUAUGCUGCUGCCACAUUCACAGUGCCUUCCCUGGUCAAUCAGUGGACUCGCUUUGCCAUCAGUGUGGAGGAUGAAGAAGUGGUUCUCUAUAUGGACUGUGAGGAGUAUGAACGGGUCCGUUUUGAGCGCUCACCUGAUGAGAUGGAUCUGGAAGAUGGCUCGGGGCUUUUUGUGGCCCAGGCUGGAGGGGCUGAUCCUGAUAAAUACCAGGGUGUGAUUGCUGAACUGAAAGUGAAAGGAGAUCCUCAGGCCGCUGACGUCCAGUGUGAGGAAGAGGGGGAUGACUCUGAUAUAAUAUCUGGAGAUGGGGGAAGUGGAGCUGAAGAAAAGCCACAGCCACCAGAAAAGGAAAAGGUGACUGCAGUGCUCUCAAGUCUCCCAGAGCCUCCCCCUGUCACUUCUCCUCCCACUGCCAAAAAGCCCUCACAGCCAGAAGAGAAACUCCAUUCGCAAACUGAGCUCACCAAACUGGAAGAGAGACGGCCAUUUGCUUCAGGUGCUGAUGCCAAAGGUGAAAAAGGGGAUCCAGGUGAAAAAGGUGAACGAGGCCCUAAAGGGGAUUCUGGAGUUAGUGGAGCUCUAUCAACAAAUGGUGCUAAAGGUGAAAAGGGAGAAAAAGGAGAGCUGGGUGUUAAGGGAAAUGCAGGUUUUGGAUAUCCAGGCUCUAAAGGACAGAAAGGUGAGCCUGGUGCUCAGGGGUCUCCUGGGCCUGCUGGGCCCCCAGGCCCUCCUGGGACCAUCGUGCAGCAUCCCGAUGGCUCUGUGGUGGAGCAGGUUGCUGGGCCCUCAGGACCCGUUGGCCCACCAGGACUACCUGGGAGUGAUGGUCUACCUGGAAAGGAUGGAGAGCCUGGAGAUCCUGGUGAAGAUGGCAAACCAGGGGAUGUUGGCCCUCAAGGAUUCCCUGGGACCCCAGGUGAACCUGGCCUGAAAGGUGAAAAGGGUGAUCCAGGAGUAGGUGUAAGAGGCCCCCCUGGGCUGCCAGGACCACCCGGGCAACCAGGAUUCAAUUCUAAACUAGACAAGUUGACGUUUAUAGAUAUGGAAGGUUCUGGCUUUGGAGGUGAUUUGGAAAGCUUACGGGGACCCAGAGGACCACCCGGGCCUCCGGGCCCUCCUGGUGUUCCCGGCUUGCCAGGACAACCUGGAAGAUUUGGGACGAAUGGCACGGACCUUCCAGGACCACCCGGCCUCCCUGGAGUGCCAGGUAGAGAUGGCAGCUCAGGACUUCCAGGGCCUCCUGGCCUUCCUGGUUCUCCAGGAAGAGAUGGGAUCCCUGGUCAGCCUGGGGCGAAUGGAGCAAGUGGAGAACCAGGAGAACUAGGCCUCCCAGGAGCACCUGGACUUAAGGGCAGUAAAGGAGAAGCAGGGUUGCCCGGAGCACCAGGAGAAACUGGCCUGGCAGGACUUCCUGGGCCCAUAGGUCCUCGAGGAUUGCCUGGUCCUCCAGGUCCUCCUGGUCGAGGCUUUGUGGCUGGCUUUGAUGAUAUGGAAGGCUCAGGGCUGCCAUUUGUUUCUGCUGUCCCUGGACCACGCGGACCAGAAGGGCCACAGGGUCCACCUGGGAUUCCAGGACUCAAGGGAGAUGCUGGCUUCGCAGGUCUGCCAGGUUUGCCAGGAGAGAAGGGAGACCCUGGAUUGCCAGGACCAGAUGGGCACCCUGGACUAGAAGGAUUCCCGGGACCACAGGGGCCAAAGGGUGACAGAGGAGACUCAGGUGCUAAAGGUGAACCAGGUCAAGAUGGAGUUGGACUGCCAGGGCCUCCUGGCCCCCCUGGCCUUCCAGGACAAGUCGUCCUGCCCACUGAUGGUACAAGUUUGCCUGCUUUGCCGGGCCCUGAGGGCAGGCAAGGGCAUGCUGGUUUCCCAGGGCCAGCAGGACCAAAAGGUGAUGAAGGAUCCCCUGGUUUGCCAGGCCUUACAGGACUGAAGGGUGAAAAAGGAGAGCCCGGAGUUAUAAUUGGCCCUGAUGGAACAAUCAUAGCAUCUAACCCAAAAGGAGAGAGGGGUGAGCCAGGCUCAAGAGGAUCUGUGGGGCCAGCAGGGCCACCUGGGCGGCAUGGGCAGAAAGGUGAAAUCGGCUUUCCUGGAAGACCUGGUCGACCUGGCAUGAAUGGGUUGAAGGGAGAAAAAGGUGACCCAGCAGACUCAAGUGGAGGACUAGGCUCAAGGGGUCCUCCAGGCUUCCCUGGGCCUCCUGGGCCUCCUGGGCCUCCGGGCAGUGUUGUUUUUGACAAUAAUGCAUUUAGUGAGAUGGGCCCUCCUGGACCUCCUGGAUUACCUGGCUACGAUGGUGCUCGAGGCCAGAAGGGAGAAAAGGGCGAGUUGGGUCCUCCAGGGCUUCCAGGCCAGUUUCCUUUUGACCUCAGCAGAUUUGAUUCCACUUUUAGGGGAGAAAGGGGUGAGAGAGGUGACACUGGCAUGAAAGGUGAAAAGGGUGAGCCCGGUGGCGGUGGAUUAUUUGGAUCAAGCAGUGCUGGACCUCCAGGUCCCCCAGGAUAUCCUGGUCUUCCGGGCCCCAAAGGAGACAGUGUUAGGGGACCACCUGGCCCUCCAGGAGCACAAGGACCUCCUGGUUCAGGGUUUGAUGGACGCCCAGGGUCACCAGGCCCCCCUGGUCCUCCUGGCCCUCCUGGUCCCCCUUCUUUUCCAGGACCCCAUCGACAAUCUAUCAGUAUUCCUGGACCACCUGGGCCCCCAGGACCACCGGGACCUCCAGGUGUUAGUGAUGCAUCUUCCUCUUCUGGGCAACUACGGAUCUUGCCAACCUAUCAGAGCAUGAUGGGCAGAGCUCAUGAAGUGCCUGAAGGGCAGCUCCUCUUCAUCCGGGACAGAGAAGAGCUCUACGUCCGGGUUCGCAAUGGUUUCAGGAGAGUUCUUCUUGAGGAAAGAAUCUCUCUCUCUGGCCCUGGACUGGAUAAUGAGGUGUAUGAUCGACCUCCCAAUGUCCAUUACUCACAUGGAGACACGGCAUCCUCUGGAUCACAGCGUCCAUUCCAGCAGCACUUACCGCUGCAUCCGCACCGAGAAUAUAGUGCCUAUUCCACUGCCAAGCCCUGGAGAGGGGAUGAGAGCAUCGCCAACCAACACCGCCUUCCUGAGCAACCUGCCAUCCACCCACCUCAUCAGGGAGCACAGCAUCAGCAAGAACCCCUGAAUGCCUUCUUUCUCAACAACCGCGAGCCCGAGAUUGUGCCUUCUGCUGUUCACACACACCAUGACUUCCAGCCUGCUCUCCACCUUGUCGCCCUGAACGCUCCCCAGAGUGGCAGCAUGCGUGGCAUCCGAGGAGCUGACUUCCAGUGUUUCCAGCAAGCCAGGGAGGUUGGACUGACGGGCACCUUCCGGGCGUUCCUCUCCUCCCGCCUGCAAGACCUCUACAGCAUCGUGCGCAGAGCAGACCGGAGCACCGUGCCUAUCGUCAAUCUCAGGGAUGAAGUGCUGUUUAAUAACUGGGAGUCCCUUUUCUCAGGCUCUGAAGCACAGUUUAGAACUGGGGUUCGCAUCCUCUCCUUCGAUGGAAGGGAUGUCCUGAGAGAUUCUGCGUGGCCUCAGAAGUCUGUAUGGCAUGGCUCUGACGCCAAGGGACGGCGGCUAACAGAGAGUUACUGUGAGACAUGGCGGACGGAUGACACUGUGGUGACAGGGCAGGCUUCCUCGCUGGCGUUGGGCAAGCUGCUUGAGCAGAAGAACAGUAGCUGCAAAAAUGCCUUUAUUGUCCUAUGCAUUGAAAACAGCUUCAUGACUUCUUCCAAAAAAUAAAACUGCACACACCGAAAGCACUGACUGCAAGUGGAGGAUGGGAGCCCCGAUGUCCCCCUUAAGCAAAGGGGAAUAAGCAUCAGUCCCCCAACUCUACCCCCAAUCAGAACGUGUCCAGCCAGUUCCAUAAUAUAUCAGUCACACAGAGAAGUGAGCGAAAAAGCCAAAGAGCGUCUUCCUAUGAUUUCUAGCACAGACCUGGUGCUGAAUGAUUUUACUCCUAGCGUGGCUGUUGUGAGUAACACAUGUCUGCCAGACGGGCUGGGGCAAAAACGGUUUGUGUGCAAGGCAAUCUCCAGGCAAGUGUGGUACAUGAAAUAGUAUCUCUUUCUCUAAUCCUGCUCAUGUUUAACUCUUGAAUGCUGUAUUUUUGUUGUUAACCUUGUUUGCCCCUCUCCCUGCCCCCAGCCCUUCCAAACUAUUCGGAUAUCCCUUACAGAAAAGAAAACCAGGCCAAGUGCAUGACAUAACUUCUAUUUAUUGGGGUUGAGUCGACUUACACAAGAUGCUUUUCAUAAAAUAGAGGUAAUGGUGCCGCUGCAACACAUCACUGUAGGGCAUACAGCUGCCUCUGUGUUCCAGGGCCCCAUAGCCAGGCACUUUUGGCACUGCCUGUCAAUUUUGAAAACAAUAUCAGUGAUUGCAAACUAGACCCUGCUUGGAUGUAUGGGCACGUUUAUGUAAACACUGAGCUGGCUUCGCUUUGUGCCCAGGACAGCAUUAAGGACAAAAGUCCAUGUCGCUUUGCAUGAUUGUCUUUUCUGCCAGUUCUGCCUGAAUUCCCAGCUGGCUUAAACAGGAUCUUGGAGUUGAAAGGUACCUUGGAGGUCAUUUAGUCCAGCCCCCUGCUCAGUGAAGGAAACUGCUACAGAAACUGUUUCCGUAUGCAUUAUUCUUCUUACGUGCAAAAGUAACCCUGCUCUCCCUGUGUCCAGAUUCCUGUUACUGAAUCGGCAAUAUCCUUUGCCUAGCCACUGUGCCACCCUUCACUUUUUGCCCCUCAUCUUGUCUAGUUUAGAAAGAGAACCAGAGGUGUUAUGCUUAACAGACUUACAAGUGAGACGCCCAGUUUUGCCAAAGCAUUUUUCUCUGAGGCCAGAAGGGAAGUAGAAUGAGGCAAGGUUAUCAUGAAGAGAAUGUGUUCAUUUCUUUACACACAUAUACACCCCCCAAAACCAAUUUUUGUCGCUCUGCUUCCUUUCCUUGGCAGCUGGAUGCCACACUUUACUUCUGCCAGGCAUUUCCACAGAAAAUGGGCAGGUGCAAGAGCUGGCACUCUAGCAAAUGGCAGGCUCUGCCAGAACUCAUGUUGCUUUUCAGAGCCCCCGAAGCCCACCUGUAUCCCCCUUUAGCCACUGCUGAAAGCAGGGAAGAUUUGACAUUUCCAUUCUCCUCCUCCUCCUGAUGAAAUAGAACUAACUGUAGUUCUUUCUUUGUCAGACCUAGAAUCUCAAGCAUUUUUACAGGAAAGCAGAAAGGACCCAGCGCUGUGCAUUCUAAACACCCCUCCACUGGCAGGAGCCACUAGACUUAAGCCAUUCCUAAGAGCUGUACAGCCAGCCUCUCUUCAAAGACGUGAAAGGAAAGGUGGCUGGCAUAGUGUUAAUAUUUGAUACAUGCAACUAACCACUGCCUGGUGUUGUGUAUCGCUGCACUGCUUAGUAUCUGGAGCUACAGGGAUUCUGGCAUCGGUAUUUUAUGAUCCAGCAGCAUUUAAGCCAUGUGUGCCAAACAUACAGUGGAAGAGAACCUGGAGACCACCUCUCCUUGUAGGCUUCACUCGGAACUGCUUCUCGCUACAUCACAACCCUGAGAAUAUUCCCACUUCAGUGUCAGAAGCCUGAGCCAGGCUGAUAGGUGUUGUAUACCAACUUGUUUUAAACACUAAUUUGAGUUGGUUUUGAAGACCCAAGGUGCUAAGAUUUCUACCUAGCUUUUUUAUUUUGUCAUUAAAGUUAUUACUGGGGUGGGGAGGGGGAAGAGCCUGUGCAAGUCACACAAUCAGUUUCUUACUGUCUACUGUAUUUUGUGAAAUUUAAUGCAAUUUUUAAAAGCCUGUGGAUCUCUAUAUCUGUCAAUUGUUCUAUAAACUUUUCUAAAGGCACUGAAUAAAGGAAAGUAUUCUCUUUUAA